AUGUCUUACCAUUAUGUGGAAGGUAUUUCUAUCAUUAUUAUUAUUAUUAUUAUUAUUAUUAUAAAUUUCGUCCUUCUCUCCUUCCUCCACCGCUUUUUCAUCAUCUUUUCGUUUCAAUUCCAGCUUCAUUUUUUUCUUCGUUUCCUUCUUCAUCAACUUCUUUUCCUUCAUCCUUCCUUCAUCUCUUCCUCCUUCAUCGGUUUUUCUAAAGACUGUGUCCAAUCUUCUUCUUCUUCUUCUUCUUCUUCUUCUUCUUCUUCUUCUUCUUCCUCCUCCUCCUCCUACUCUUCUUCUUUUUCCUCAAAUUCUUUCCCUCCUUCGACUCUUCUUCAGCUUAAUUUUCAUAUACUUUUUCCUUCUUUAUCAAACUUCUUUUCUCCUUCGUUGCCUCCCACUCCUUUCCUCCUUCCUCUCUCUCCUUCUCCUUCCUUACUAACUUUCUUUUCUGCGUCAGUACUUUUUCUUCUUCUUUUCUCUGUUCUCUUUCGCCUUCCUCUUCUUUUUCUUUACCUCCAUCUUUCUUUACUUUAA